ACUUCCAGGAAGUAAACCCAAAGACUGAGGCGGAUUCUGGGCCAAACACAAACAGCGGACAAGUAUCGAAUGCUGCCUUUCGUGCGAGCGGGUUUUCUGCUAAUUUAAACGUUACAUUUAAAACUGCGAGUGUUUUCACCCCACUCCGGACAUUUUUCCACGAUGUCUCCUUUUACGUGCGAGAAACAAACUCUGACCGCGUCGAUGUUUCUCACUGCCCUGGUGUUGUGUGUUAGCUUUGUUAGCUAUGGAGAGUGCCAAACAACCCCAGCGCCUCUAACUCCCUGCUCUACCUACAAAAACUGCGACACCUGUGUUCCACACGCCAGGUGUCUGUGGUGCUUUGCCACCAACAACUGCACAGAGUACCCAGUGACCUGGGUGCUGCCUCCAGCGUCGGUUUGCCAGCUGUCCCAGGCCCGCUGGGGGGUGUGUUGGCUGAACUUUGAAGCCUUGAUCAUAUCCAUGGCUGUGGUGGGCGGAGCCAUCCUCCUUGGCAUUGCUGUUUGCUGCUGCUGCUGCUGUUGCUGCAAGAGUCGUUCUUCUGGGCCCGACAGAGACGAGGAGAGAUUUGCCAGGAGGAGAGAGGAGAUCAAACAGCGCGCUGAAGAACGGAAGGCGGAGAGAAAGGAGCGUCACGAUGAGAUCCGCAGGAAGUACGGUCUGAUCGGGGACUCGGACCACCCGUACAGCAAGUUCGACAACGAGUAAAGCAGCUGGGCCGGAGGACUUCCACAGGCAGCAUGCAGCACUGCUCUCAUUCUCUUCUCUUUACACUCUGAGUGAAGCCCUUUUCUCACUCAAACAACACAGACUUUUCUGAUCGCAGCUGAUCCAGUUCUGACAAAAAAAAAAAACAACAAAAUCUCAAUCUCAAAAUCAGAUUAUGUUUAGCAGUCUUCUUAUUGCGGUGUUUGACCAGCGCUGAAGCUGGUUUUCAAAUUCCUUUUGUUCUGAAUAUGUCGUUUGAAGCUCGCCGUUUUUAAAUAUUAGACUUUAAUAUCAAUCUUUGCACUUUGUACAUAAGGUAUUCAUUUAUGAAUUACACAGUGAUUGUAACGCAUGUGUGUUCCCACACAUGAAUAAAAAACUCUUCUUUUAACAAAAAAA